AGGAACACUCCCGUCGCUCGUCGUCCAAUAGCCAGCGCGCAUGAAACCGCAGCAGCAUUUCAUAUGGCAAUACUUGGUGUGGGUGAGAGUAGCAUUUGCAUGUGUGGAGUGAUUAGUGAGUUUGAACAGCUAGCGCUUGCUGCGCCCCGGUUCCCGCUCUGGCACAGGGGCAGGAGGAAGUGUUUUGCUGGAAGAUGAUGACAGAGGUCAGGCUCCGCUAAUGGACCACUGAAGAGGAGUGGAAACGAGGCACGGACCAGGAACACAUACAUUAUUACACUAGUAGUCCACCAUCGCCAGUCAACAUAAGGGAUUUCUAUAUUCUACCCAUCAGUUGGAAACUAUAAGGGACAAACUACUUAAGAAAGCUUUCUGGCCGCCAUCUUCUAUUUAUUGGCAAGAAGUACCAACAAGAACUCGAAAGCUGCGGAAAACAUGCCUCAAAAAGGGAAUUAUUAACUAGGGUGACGCAGAUGAGAGUCUAUAAAUUGUUAUAAGCGGACAGUCAACUGUUUCCAGAAUACUAUAACCGGGCCACGUGGGAGUCUGGUGUAGCUUCAAUGAUGCAAAACAAGGUGUAUGACAUCUGUAAUGAAGGUCACAGUGGAGUAAACCAGCUCGGCGGGGUGUUCGUCAACGGUAGACCGCUGCCCGAUUCCACAAGACAGAAAAUAGUCGAGCUUGCUCACAGUGGCGCGCGACCGUGCGACAUAUCCCGGAUUCUGCAGACCCAUGCUGGUGCAAAAGUCCAAGUGCUGGACAAUGAAAACGUGUCCAACGGGUGUGUGAGUAAGAUCUUGGGCCGGUACUAUGAAACGGGCUCCAUUCGACCUCGCGCUAUCGGAGGAAGUAAACCACGAGUAGCGACUCCUGAGGUGGUCGGCAAAAUCGCCCAGUUUAAGAGGGAGUGCCCGUCCAUCUUUGCGUGGGAAAUCCGUGACAGACUGCUUUCAGAGGGAAUUUGCACAAACGAUAACAUACCAAGUGUGUCAUCAAUAAACAGAGUACUGCGCAACCUGGCUAGCGAAAAGCAACAGAUGGGCGCAGAUGGCAUGUAUGAAAAACUGAGAAUGCUGAACGGACAGACGGGUACAUGGGGGACCCGGCCGGGUUGGUACCCCGGAACCUCGGUGCCAGGACAGCCUAACCAAGCAGAUGGUUGUCAGCAGUCAGAUGGAGGCGGUGAAAACACGAACUCCAUCAGCUCGAAUGGGGAAGAUUCAGAAGAGGCCCAAAUGAGACUCCAGUUAAAGAGAAAACUGCAAAGGAAUCGUACGUCCUUCACACAAGAACAGAUAGAAGCGCUUGAAAAAGAGUUCGAAAGAACACACUAUCCCGACGUCUUCGCACGGGAGAGGCUUGCUGCAAAAAUCGACUUACCGGAGGCCAGAAUACAGGUGUGGUUCUCAAACAGAAGAGCAAAGUGGAGGAGAGAAGAAAAACUGAGAAACCAGAGACGACAAGCCAACAACUCUACCAGCCACAUACCUAUAAGUAGCAGUUUCAGCACAAGCGUCUAUCAACCAAUCCCGCAGCCCACAACGCCAGUGUCCUUUACGUCGGGCUCCAUGUUGGGAAGGAGUGACACAGCUCUCACAAACACAUACAGCGCCCUGCCACCAAUGCCGAGCUUUACCAUGGCCAACAACCUGCCUAUGCAAGCAAGCCAAACCUCGUCCUAUUCCUGCAUGCUGCCAACCAGUCCUUCAGUGAAUGGGCGGAGCUAUGACACGUACACACCCCCGCACAUGCAGGCACAUAUGAACAGCCAGUCGAUGGCCACUUCCGGCACAACCUCUACGGGUCUAAUCUCACCUGGUGUGUCUGUACCGGUACAAGUGCCAGGCAGUGAACCGGACAUGUCCCAGUACUGGCCCAGGUUACAGUAAAGGCAGUGAAGGAACAGGGAGAAAGAGACAUGGUCUCCUGGCCUCUCACAGCUGCAAGGCAAAACUCUUCAGCAGUAUUUCACUACAGAAAGGAGAAGGAAGUCAGAAAAGGACCCGUGGUUUUUUUGUCCUGGGAUAGUGCCACUUCUCUAACAUUCUUUGGACACAAUGACUUGAAGAAUCGAAAGAGAACAGACUUGAUGUAAAGUGCCCCGUGUUAUAUCGUUAAAAGAAAUGGAACAAAAAUCUGUUUUCAGUUUCCAGUCAUUUUGAUGUAUUUGUAAAUGGCCAAUUGUAUGUUAUGACAUAAAAAAAGAACUGUGGAUGGACUGUCAAACCAAGUUGGUCUUGCAUCUGUGGAAGGAACAACAUUCAUGCGAGCUUUUCUGCCUUUGCUUCUUGCUUUUCCAUUAUUGGUUUAUAUCAACAACUUCUGCCCGUCUCUGUAAUGAUUGUGGACCUGUAGUAACAAAAACAGUUUUGAGCCAACGCAAUCAUGACUACACAGUUUUUACAAGAAGCCAAUCCAUUUAUUUCCAAAGCUUGCUGGCAGAAAAACUUAUAUAUGUGGAACGCUCUGAAUGCUAAAUUGGAAAUGAAAAAGAAAAAAAAAAUUUCGUUAACUUUUGGUAAAAAACAGUAGAUUGUGUCUUCGAUAUAAUUCAAUUUUGUUUGUCAAAAAAUGUAAGUAUUUGUCUUCCCUAGAGGUCUCCCAGAACAAUUUCUAUAAUAAAAUAAAUUUCAUUUAUAA